AAGGAGAAGAACAAGAAGAACGAAAUAAGCCCAAGUCGAGAUUCUUAAGAAAGAUCUUUGCGAAGUCGAGUCUAGCACUCGAAUCAGGGUGUUAUUGGAAAGUGUCGAGAGUGAUGCCGCCUUCGAAGAUGUGGGACAGAGGAGAGCGCCGUAGCGUGGACAGGUGCCUCAGGAGUUAUCCGUACAAUGCCGGCUUCACGGCUCAAAAGAAUCUCCAGGCGAGCUGCAAAAAUUCGCUGGACUUUGUGCAGCGAUUGGAUCUGACAAACACAUUGAAUGUGCACAGUGGCUGUGUAAAUACGGUUAAUUGGAAUGCAACCGGCACGCAUAUUGUAUCCGGCUCCGAUGACAACAAUCUGGUCGUCACUGAGGUCAAAACCGGCCGUGUGGCGGCUAAGACAAAAACAUUACACAAGCGUCACAUAUUCAGUGCACGUUUCAUGCCGCACUGCAACGAUCAGGCGGUGAUCUCGUGCUCCGGCGAGGGCAUUGUGAUGCACACCGAAUUCCUUACACCCUACAACUCCAGCCGCAGCAUCGAGGAGGCACUCACCGGUGACUCCAGUCGCAAUGCCAGCUACUUUGAUUGUCACGCCUUUGGCAGCACAUACGAUGUUUUGGCAUUGCCGGAUACCCCGCGCACAUUUCUCAGCUGCGGCGAGGAUGGCACCGUCCGGUGCAUUGAUCUCCGUGUGAGCAGCCGGUGUGCAGAGUCCGUGUGCGAGAAGCACAUCUUCAUUACGGCACCGUGUGCGGUCACCGCGAUGGAUGUGGCGCCCAUUAAUCACUACAAUAUCGCCAUCGGCUGCUCGGAUUCGAUAGUACGGCUCUAUGAUCGGCGCAUGCUCACAGCGGGCACGGACAGGGAUCGCAUUACCUGGCCAUUGAAAGCCUUUCCGAUACCAAUGAAGUUUACGCGUCGCCAUUACCGUCCAACCUGCGUUAAGUUUAGCGCCGAUGAGUCUGAGCUGCUAGUUAGUUAUUCAAUGGAGCAAAUAUAUUUAUACGAUCUAAAUCAUCCUGGCCACGACGAUGCCGAGCUGCUCAAGAGCGGCUGCUAUACUCCAAAGCUGCGACGUGACGACGAUCCAGAGCCGCAAAUGCCACGCUUGCGUUUCCGUGGCGAUUGGUCCGAUACCGGCCCAAAUUCGAUGACAUCCGCCGAGUUGGGACUGCAUCGUCUCAAUGUGGGUCAGGCGCGUCCACCGCUCGAGCCGGGCGUAUUCAGUCGCCUCAGCGAUGAGAUAUUUCGCAUGCUCAACUCGCAGACGCGUCAAUCGCGUCGCAGUCCCAGUGGCAGCAGCGGCAGCGGCACCAGCACAAGGACAUCAACUCAUAUGUCCUGGCAGGACGCCGUUCUACGCACCCUGGACCAUCAGAGCGAGACGGCGACAAGUCGCAGCAUCGGCAUCCUGCCAACAGUUUCCGCCAACGGUUCUGGCAAUGAUGCCUCGCCAGCUGAAUCGACGAAUGCGCAAGCGACAAAUACAACUACCAAACAGGAUAUCGGCGGAGAGUCGAGUUCGAGCUCGGUCUUAAGCACAGCCUCGAACUUAGGCUCGAACUCAGGAUUGAAUUCAGGAUCGGGCUCAGGAUCGAACUCAGGAUCGAGCUCUGGAUCGAGUACAGGAACGAGCUCAGGAUCAAGCUCUGGAACGAGCUCAGGCUCAGGCUCAGGCUCGGGUUCAGGAUCAGGCUCGGGUUCAGGCUCGGAACCUGAGUCAGGCUCGGGCUCAAGCGGUGGUCAAAAGUAUCCGCUCACCAAUUUUGACUAUGUGAAGAUGUCGUUUAGCGGACAUCGCAACUCGCGCACAAUGGUGAAGGGUGCCUGUUUCUGGGGCGACGAUUUCAUCAUGUCCGGCUCGGACUGUGGCCACAUCUUUGUGUGGGAUCGCAAGACAGGCAAGGUGGUGAAAACGCUGCUAGCCGAUCAUCGUGUUGUCAACCGUGUCCAGCCGCAUCCAACAAUGCCGUAUCUGCUCAGCUCGGGCAUCGAUUACAAUGUGAAACUGUGGGCACCGGUCGCACCGAAGCCCUCCUUUUAUGAGAACGAAACUGCAUCGCUGAUCAAGAGCAAUGAGAUACUGCUUGUGGAGACACGCGAUACCAUAACGGUACCCGCACAGAUCAUGAUACGCAUUUUGGUCACCUUCCAACAGUACCGUCGCCUAAUGCGCACAUCGGGAGACUCCUCGGCAUCAGCGGCAACAGUCAGACAGACGGACAACAGGCGUAGCCGCAAUGCAGCGGUGCGAGAUGAGCCUAUGGACACAGAUGCUUCGGUUGCUCCAGCUGUUGCUCCGGCUGUUGCUCCGGCUAUUGCUCUGGCUGUUGCUCCAGCUGUUGCUCCGGCUGUUGCACCAGCACUGGCCGUAGCUGCUGCUUCAGCAGUUGCUCCGGUUGUUGCACCAGCUGCUGCUCAAGCUGCUGCCGCUGACGUUGGUGGUGUUGUUGCCUAUGAUAAUGAUGUAGCUGUUGAUAAUGAUGUGGCUAUUGAUAACGAUGAAGGCAACAACAUUAGCAUUAACAUUAACAGCAACGACACCGACACCGACUCUUGUGCAAAUUAACCAAAUCAAGUAAUAUUUAAGCUUAUCAAUGGAAAUAUACAUACAUUUAGAUAUGUAGCUAUCGGCGCUGCACAGUCCACAGGGCUCUAUACUCAGUAUACUCCCCAUUCCCAUGCCCCUCUGCCACCCACGGUCAAAGAAAGACAUUCCCCACACAGAGAGUGAGGCACAGAUUGCAGCCGUCAACCUGCACUCAUAUCUAAAUGUAGUCCCCAAGAUCCCAAAGAAAAAAGAAAAGCCAGCGUCGAUCACACAAAAUAUUGAUGUCAAACUUCUCUAAGACUUAAAAACAUACGUGAAUAAUGUAUGUGAUACAUAUAUAUGUAUAACGAUAUUUACAACAAUUGUUCCUUCA